AUGUCGAUUGGCUCAACGAAACCUUGCAACCCUAUCAUUGCUGAAAUGGCUAUGCGCUUGCCCUCUGAAAAAAUUCCUGAAACACAUGAUGCAGUUGAUGCUUUAUCCGCUGCAUUAGCUUGUAUAUCUGGUACAACAAAUAUUGUUCCUCGAUCUUCAUUGAAAAAAAAAGAAAAUUAUACAACAUAUAUGUUAACAGUUACAGAUGAAUUCAAAGGUCCAGGAUUAAAUUUACCACAACUUGAUGAAUCAACUAGAAGUGGUAAUAGAGGAUUUUCACGUAGUAGUAAUGGACUAGUACUUGGUGGAAGCUAUACUGGAAGUCGAAAUUCUGAACGAUCGAAUGCUUGUUUUAAAUGUCAAAAAGAAGGUCAUAAAUCUUUUGAUUGUUCAGAACCGAAAAAAGGACGAUCAUCAGCAAAUAUCAGUAAUCGUGGUAUUAAACGUAGUUUCACUGGUAAUCAGACUAAUGGACAUAGUAUAGGUGAAACAAGUAGAAAAAAAAAUAAAAUUUAA